AUGUCAGUUUAUGCCUCAGACGACGAGUCUGUUAGCGAAUUUGAGCGUCUUGAGUCCACAUUACCCGGGCCUCUUCGCCGCAGCGCUUCUUCCCUUUUGGAGAAACUUUCGAGCCAGAGCCGUGAACAUUUACCUUCGUCGUUUCUAGAUGGCCCUCUGUCUAGAACUCCACCAUCAGCACCAACAAAGACAAAUAAAUUGACUGUAAAUGAACAGCACCACAACCGCUUGCUUCAAAAACUCUCCCAUUCGGAAAAUGGCAGGUCAAGCUCACCUAUUCCGGUACCUCGGCCGAAAUUUAAUGAGGAGAUCAAUAAGCCUGCUAUGAACACAAAACAGUCUUCAACUGGUGUCUUAUGGGUCACUGAAAGAGCAACAGAAUACGGGUAUCAAGGCAAUGGCGAUGAUUCAUGGGCAAAUUUGGGACAAGGUGCUCCGGAACAUGGAGACACGGUUCCCGGAUCGUUCAAAAGACCUACAUCCGUCCCCAUUACUGAUAUAAGCAAAGAGUAUGCACCGACUGCUGGAAUCAAAGAGUUGCGUGAGGCCGUGGCCAAUUACUACAAUGAAACAUACCGCCAAAAAUGGUCAUCCAAGUAUACAUACAAAAAUGUGUGCAUCGUUCCAGGUGGCCGGGCUGGGUUGACGCGAAUUGCAUCCAUUAUUAGCGAUUGCUACUUGUCUUUCUUCUUACCAGAUUAUACAGCAUAUGCCGAGAUGCUCUCUCUUUUCAAAAAUUUUUCGCCUAUCCCUGUCCCCUUAGAAGAAGCUGAUAAUUAUGAGAUGCACUUGAAUGUUAUCGAAUUGGAAUUAAAAAGGGGUGUUUCGGCAUUACUUACUUCGAACCCUAGAAAUCCUACUGGUCAUUGUAUGACGCGGGAUCAAUUGAAGCGGCUUCAUGAUAUGUGCAGAGAAAAAUGCCUCUUGAUCAUGGAUGAGUUCUAUUCGCAUUACUAUUAUGACGAAGGUUGCACAGGCUCAUCCAUAUCCUCUGCAGAAUUUGUCCAAGACGUUAACAAGGAUCCAGUUCUCUUGUUGAAUGGUCUCACGAAGGCAUUUCGCUUACCAGGUUGGCGUAUCUGUUGGGUAUUGGGCCCUGAAGACUACAUCAGUGCAUUAAGCUCUGCAGGUUCCUUCUUGGACGGUGGGUCGAAUGCUCCAUUUCAGUACGUUGCCGCGGAAUUCUUGAAACCAUUGAAAGUUAAGCAAGAGAUGCAGGCUCUACAGUUGCACUUCAAAAUGAAACGUGACUACAUUAUUAGUCGAUUGAAAGCUAUGGGUUUCCAUUUCAGUGAAAAGAAUACUCCAAACUCUACAUUUUACCUCUGGCUCAAGCUCUCUCAUCUACCAGGAAAAUUGAGCAACUGUCUUGGUUUCUUCCACGAGUGCCUUCACGAAAAGGUGAUUGUCGUACCCGGAUUUUUCUUUUUGAUUAAUCCGCAAAAUUUGAGUAGACUCGAGGAUGUGAUCUGGUACAACUUUGUACGUAUUAGCUACGGUCCUGAAUUGCCGCAAUUGGUGAAAGGGAUGGACGGUAUCGAACGCAUUUUGAGACGGUUCGAUUGCUUGCCCGUUGGAUAUGAUGAUUCCCAAAAUAGGAAAUAA